AUGACGUCGUCAGAAUCUACGCGCAAAGGGCAUGCCUCGGACGGUGCAACACUUCCGAGCGCGAGGCCCCAGGCUCGCGGAGGCACGUUCUCUGGCGUACUCCCAAUCGUGGGCGCCGUAGUUGUCCUCCUGCUCGCCUUCCUCUUCAACACCGAACCGUUCCAGCAGGCCUUCAACACCGCCCAAACCUCCGCCUCCUCAGAUGUCUCUUCGACUGGAACAUCCGAUGCGUUCCUCGCCGCCGUCAAAACACGCCGGUCGAUCUACACUAUCACCUCGGAAUCGCCCAUCCCUGACGACAAGGUCGUGCAGAUCGUGCCGACGCCGUCAAACACGUCCCGUCCUCCUUCAACGCGCAGUCGUCCCGCGUGCGCCGUCGUGCUCUUCGGCGACGCCCACCAGAAGCUGUGGCAGAUCGUCCUCCAUACGCUCAAGCCCAAAGUCUCCCCCGAGCAGUACGAGAUGACCGAAGCCAAGGUCACGAGCAGCUUCGCCGCCGGCCACGGCACCGUCCUGUUCUUCGAGGACUCCGCCCCGGUCACCGCGCUCCAGACCGCGUACCCGUCCUACGCCGACAAGUUCCCCGGCUGGGCGCAGCACACUAGUGGCAUGCUCCAGUUCAUUGUUUGGACCACGCUCGAAAACGAGGGCCUCGGCGCGUCGCUGCAACACUACGCGCCGCUCAUCACCCCUCAGGUCCUCGCCGCCUGGGGUCUGCCCGACACGUGGGAGCUCGUCGCACAGAUGCCGUUCGGGACGCCAUCCGCACCACCGGGCGAGAAGACAUUUUCGCCCGUCGAGGACCGGAUCAAGUUUUCGGUGUAUCGUAGAGUGUCCACUGCUUGGGAUGCGUGGCGGUCACCGGAUAGAAGCGCGCGUUCAUUCGAGAUUGAAAAGUCAUGUGGUCAGAUUUAG